AUGGCACCCGCCCCGGAUUCCUCCUCCGCCUCCCCCUUCCCCGGCGACAGCAGCCCUCUCCCACCACCUCUCGCGGCGAAACCUUUCUCCUCCUUCCCGGGCAUCCCGCCCUUCCCGGCCGACGUCCCCACCUGCCCGCUCGUACGCGUGUCGCUCGCCCGCCUGCUGCACGGCGAUGUCGGCGAAGAGGACGCGCUGUGGCGCGCGUGUUGCGACCUGGGCUUCUUCUACAUCGACCUGCGCCCCGAGGAGAUAGGGGACGACGACGAGGAUGAGGAUGAAGCCGAGGUUUUUGUUGGCAGAGGCGGUGCCAGUGGCGCGGUGAGGAGGAGCUCGCGUCAGGUGGAGGUGCAUGUGGAUGGCGAGCAGCUGUUAGAGGACGCGGAUACGUUGUUUGACGUGCAGGAGGGCUUUUUCGAUUUGCCGGUUGAGGAGAAGGAGAAGUACGAUCUCAGUAGUCAGGGGAGUUAUUUUGGUUACAAGGGCUACGGCGCUGGCAUCAUCGACAAAGACGGCACGAAAGACCGCAAUGAGUUCUACAACAUCUCAAAAGACGACAUCCUCGGCCGCUCGGCAACGCCGCUACCCGCGCCCUCGAUGCUGCGGCCGCACCGCCCCUUGCUCUCCUCCUUCAUGCGCGGCUCGCACUCGCUCGUCAACCUCAUCCUCCGCAUCCUCGACGCCCGCCUGGGGCUGCCCUCGGGCACGCUGCCCGCCCUGCACCGCCUGACGGCCCCGUCUUGCGACCAGGUCCGCUUCGUGCGGGCGCCGCCGCAGCCGCGCGACGACGCCCGCGUGGCCCUCGGCGAGCACACGGACUUCGGCAGCGUGACCGUCCUGUUCAACCGCGUGGGCGGCCUGCAGGUGCUGCUGCCGCCUGGGAUGGAGCCGGCGCAACCGUCGUCGUCGUCGUCCUCGUCGUCGGCCACCGCCGGCGUCAUGGUCGACCGGGAAGACCUGCAGGACCAGAGGCGAGACAGCGCCAACGCGGUGCCGCCGACAGCAGCAGCAGCGGGCAAAGCGGCGGCGAAAGAGACGUGGGCGUACGUGCGGCCGCUGCCCGGCCACGCCAUCGUCAACCUCGGCGACGCCCUCGUCAAGAUGACCAGCGGCAUCCUCCGCUCCAACAUCCACCGGGUGGCGGCGCCGCCGGGCGAGCAGGCGCCGUGCACCCGGUACAGCCUGGUGUACUUUGCGCGGCCGGAGGACGACGUCGUGCUGAGGGUGCUGGAGGGCAGCGAGAGGAUCGAGGAGAAGGUGAGGGAGACGGGACAGGUGUUAGGGCGGGAGAGGGAGGAGCGCGCGGUGAGCGCGAAGGAGUGGAUCUUGAGGAGGGCGUUGGCGAGGAGGUCGGGUGGGAAGUGGGAGGAUAGCACGGGGACGGAGGAUAUCAGUAGGAGGAGGGGGAAUGGAGUGUCGGUUUGA